ACGAAAGACACUCCUCGCGAGGGGAAGCGGCCAUUGUCAACCCACAACAAGCAAAAAAGAGGAAGAAGGCAGUCGUCCUGCAAGACAACAGAGGAAAUUAUGAUUUGGUGAAAAAUCAUGGCAGGCUUAGUGUUAUAGAUGUAACUGUACGUCCGAAUACUUUGUAUUUUGUUCACCUUAUCGCGGGGACCCAGCUCGGCAGCAAAUAAGCAGUAUUUGGUUUCCACUCCCCUGAUGUCUGCCGAGGCAUCUGGUUCAUCUGGCAGGAAUGUGGUGACUGUGUCCGGUUCUGCUGCAUCAUCCUCCAGCCAUGUUGGGGAAGAAAAGGCUGGCAGGAGCCUGGUGGGGAGUAAGUAUGUGAAGCUCAACGUGGGGGGAACUCUCCACUACACCACGGUCCAGACACUCACCAAGGAGGACAGUCUGCUCAGGAGUAUUUGUGAUGGGAGCACAGAGGUCACCAUAGACUCCGAGGGCUGGGUGGUACUAGACAGAUGUGGGAGACACUUUUCCCUGGUGCUGAACUUCCUGCGGGACGGGACAGUUCCUUUGCCAGAGAACACACGGGAGCUAGAGGAGGUGUUGAAGGAGGCGCAGUACUACAGGCUGCAGGGUCUUGUGCAGCACUGCCUCACCACAUUACAGAAACGCAGGGAUGUCUGCAGGGGAUGUCACAUUCCUAUGAUCACUUCAGCCAAAGAGGAACAGAGGAUGAUAGCCACCUGUAGGAAGCCAGUGGUGAAACUGCAGAAUAACAGAGGGAACAAUAAAUACUCCUAUACCAGCAACUCUGAUGAUAACCUUCUGAAGAACAUUGAGCUGUUCGAUAAGCUGGGGCUGCGCUUUAAUGGCAGAGUGCUGUUCAUUAAAGACGUGUUGGGAGAUGAGAUAUGCUGCUGGUCUUUUUACGGCGAGGGACGCAAGAUUGCCGAAGUCUGCUGCACUUCUAUUGUUUAUGCCACUGAGAAGAAACAGACCAAAGUUGAGUUCCCAGAAGCUCGUAUCUUUGAGGAGACACUCAACAUUUUGAUCUAUGAAAAUGGGCGAGGCUCUGGUUCGGGAGGCAUGGCCCUGCUGGAGUCAGGGGGCGUCUCGUCGACAGGUGUGGGCCAGUCGGAGGAGGAAGGGGCAGGUGCGGGAGGCGGGGAUAGGCGGGUGAGGCGUAUCCAUGUGCGGAGGCAUAUUAUGCAUGAUGAGAGGGGUCAUGGACAGCAGACUGUCUACAAAGACUGAAUCAGAACGAUACAAAGACAUUGUACUACCAAUAUGCAUGUGAACAAUGGAAAAGUUGGUUGAGGAAAGAAAGACAACUUUGGUAUGUUUAAUACUGCACUGAAAUGGGAGGGGUGGGGGGGUAAUUAUGGGCUAGUUUAGAAAUAAUACUGAAGUUGCCACAGUGUGGUACACUUUUAUUUUUUUCUGUAUGAUACAUUUACAUGACCUUUUUUUCAUUUUUUGUUCAAUUAAUUUAUUAUUCAGUUAAUUUAUUGUCCAGAAUUUUCACUUUUUCAAGAUUCAAUGUGAAAUAAGUUGUUUUGUUUUGAUUUGUUUGUAUGGGCCGCGUGAAAGUUUAUCUGUUGGUGAUUAAUGGUAAACUGUGUAUGUGUGCAGACUUGAGAGGUACAUGGUGGAGGUGUCAUGUUGUCUAGGACUGUCAGAUCUUCUGGGAAACUGACCAAAUGUGCAAAGCUUGUUGUUGCAGCCAUAGAUAGCAGGGGGUCCAGUUUUAAACAUCCUUUUUGUAACAUAAAAGGAAAAAAAACAAGUAAAUCAUUUUACGCAACUGUGCCUCACGAUUAGUGUUUAACAUUUUCAAUGGGCGUGUUAAUAUUUAUAAAACUAAUAUUGUUUUGGUUUAAAAAGAAAAACAUUGCAAUAAUUUCUAGCAUUAUGUAACAAUACAUUCUAAAACAAAAGUUCAGACAUGUUAGACUUGGAUUAGACUUAUUGCCACGCCUGCAGUAAAAAAAAAAAAUAAUUUUAUUUCAAGAUAAUUUCUAGAUGAAGAUUGCUCCUUUGAAUCACAAUAGUAGUUACCACUACGGUACAAACCCCUUCACAAAAUAAUUUAUUUUUUAUUGACAAAUGUAAGCCAUAAAUGUAUGCACUCACUGUCCUAGACAAAAAUACACACCUUAAUUCUGCCAAUUAAACUAGUAUAUGUGGAAUGCCGUCCAGAUAUUGUUUUGGAAUUUUAAUCAACUGGAAUUAAUAUUCCAUUAACAUUUUCAAUAAAAAUGCUUUUUG